GAGGUGCCGAUACAAAGGCCCGGCUGGGGAGAAAUCCCGAGCCACCUGUGACAUCAAGAUCAAGAUCAAGCCAAGGACGUGGGAAGCGAGGCAGAGGAAGGAGGUGAAAAAAUGCCUGUGUCCCAGGUGCAGGUGAGGUGCCAGCUGGAGAAUGUGACCAACCUGCAGGCUCCUGGUGAUGACUUUCAGUACUGCAUCAAGACCAAGUGUGGGUCCUGCGGCGAGGUGAGCGAGAAGUGGCAGUAUGUGGCGGUGGACGAGGUGGUGGCGGUUCCACACUCCCGGGGGUCCUGCAACAUGCUGGUGAAGUGCAAGCUGUGUGGCCGCACCAACACCCUGGAUGUGUUGGCAGACAAGAAAAAAACAUACACCAUGGAAGAUGUCCCAAGCUUCAAGGUCAUCAUUGCCUUUGAGUGCCGCGGAUUGUCAGUUGUUGACUUCCAGUUUGGGAAAGGUUGGCAGUGUCAGGGCGUGGACAGCAGGACUCCCUUCACCGACCUGGACCUGGAUGAGGAAUGGUGCGACUACGAUGAGGAGGCGAACCUUCCCGUUGGCAUCACGGAGCUGGAGUACAAGGUCACCUGAACAAACACACACACACACAUACACAUACACAGUUUUCCAUACAAAAGCAUAACAACAUGGAACGAACUUGACAAGGAGACUGUGUGUGCAAAAACGAUUCAUGAAUUUAAAGCCAAACUGGAUAAUAAGCGUUAUGGAGACGGGACAGCACGAGCCUAGUACGAUGCUUUUCCUGUAUUUCACAACUAGGUAAAUACACACACACACACAACGGCAUUACUAUAAAUGAUGUCAGUCAAUUUACAUAUACAUCAUUAUUAUGUGUGAGGAUUUUAUAUACAAUUUAUACAAUGCAAUCACGAAUUUUAUAAGAA